AUGGAGAAUAAGGAGAUCAAAUACAUCGACGAACAUGCGACUCCCGGAGAGAAACACGCAUAUGUCGACGUUCUUCCUGGCGAAGUCUCAGACAACGUUGACAAGUUACAACGCCGCCUCAACAAUCGGCAGAUUCAGUUGAUUGCUAUCGGAGUGUCGAUCGGUACUGCACUCUUCGUCAGUAUCGGGGGUGGGCUCGCAAAAGGUGGGCCUCUCAGCUUGUUCCUUGCCUAUACCGUCUACUCCGCCAUGCUAGGCCUCGUCAACAACUGUAUGGCCGAGAUGACUUGUUUGCAACCCGUCUCCGGUGGUUUCAUCAGUAUGGCUGGGAAAUGGGUGGAUGAUGCCUUCGGAUUCAUGGCUGGCUGGAACUUCUUCUUCUACGAGGCACUCUUGAUACCAUUCGAGAUUACCGCCCUGAACCUUGUCUUGUCCUUCUGGAGAGAUGAUAUCCCAACCGCCGCCGUCUGUGCGGGCUGUAUCGUGCUCUAUGCUCUCAUCAACAUCCUGGCUGUCAGGGCCUACGGAGAGGCAGAAUUCUGGCUCUCGAGAGGCAAAGUAUUUUUGAUCUUCAUGCUUUUCAUGUUCACUUUCAUCACUAUGGUUGGAAGAAACCCUCAACACGAUGACAUGGCUGGCCAACUUGAUCACGGCUGGUGGCAUCAUCGACUACAUUGUCAUGUGCGGAUCGACCGUAACGCAUUUCCUUAUACUGGAUGGUUCCAACCGUACUGCGGAUGGAUUGGUCUGGUCUGGAUGACAAUUAUCGUCAUAUUUUAUGGCUACUCCGCUUUCACACCCUGGGAUGUCGGCACCUUCUUCUCCUACUACACCAUGGUCAUUGUGGCCCCAAUGCUUUACGUGGGAUGGAAACUCAUCAAACGCACCAAGAAAGUAUCCGCUUUGGAAGCCGACCUCGUCUGGGAACGACCAGUCGUCGACGCAUACAAGGCUACCUUCAUCUCACCCCCUGUUGGAUUUUGGACUGAGAUGUUGCAGUUGGUCGGGCUGAAGCGAGCCAAGAAAGAUGACAGGCGAGGUUCAAUCAUAUUGACGACGAGUGGCUAG